AUGCACUCUCACUUUCUUUUCCAUUUUCUCCUUGUUUUUCUCCCAUUCUUUCUUUUCUUUAUUUUCCUUCUUUCUUUCUUUCUUUCUCUCAUUUCUUUCUUUCUUUCUUUCUUUCAUUUCUUUCUUUCUUUCUUUCUUUCUUUUGAUUUUCUUUCUUUGUCAUUCUUUCUUUCUUUCAAUAUACUUUCUUUCUUUUCCAUUUUCUCCUUGUUUUUCUCCCAUUCUUUCUUUCUUUAUUACCUUCUUUCUUUCUUUUUUCUCCUCAUCAUUUCUUUCUUUCUUUCUUUCUUUCUUUCUUUCUCUUUUCUUUUGAUUUUACUUCAUUGUCAUUCUUUCUUUCUUUCUUUAUUACCUUUUCUUUUCCAUUUCUCCUUGUUUUUUUCUCCCAUUCUUUCUUUUCUUUAUUACCUUUUUUUCUUUCUUUCUUUCUCAUCAUUCUCAUUCUUUCUUUCUUUCUUUCUUUCUUUCUUUCUUUCUUUUGAUUCUAUACUUCAUUUAUUCUUUCUUUCUUCAAUAUGCACUCUCACUUUCUUUUCCAUUUUCUCCUUGUUUUUCUCCCAUUCUUUCUUUCUUUAUUACCUUCUUUUUUUCUUUCUUUCUCCUCAUCAUUCUUUCUUUCUUUCUUUCUUUCUUUUCUUUCUUUCUUUUUUUCUUUCUUUUGAUUCUUUUUUCUUUCUUUCUUUAUUUCACUUUCUUUUUCAUUUUCUCCUUGUUUUUUCUCCCAUUCUUUCUUUCUUUAUUAUACUUUCUUUCUUUUCUUUCAUUCUUUCUUUCUUUCUUUCUUUCUUUCUUUCUUUCUUUCUUUUGAUUCUAUACUUCAUUUCAGUAUUCUUUCUUUCUUCAAUUUCUCCUUUUCCAUUUUCUCCUUUUUUCUCCCAUUCUUUCUUUCUUUAUUACCUUCUUUCUUUCUUUCUUUCUCCUCAUCAUUCUUUCUUUCUUUCUUUCUUUUUCUUUCUUUCUUUUCUUUCUUUCUUUUUGAUUCUAUACUUCAUUGUCAGUAUUCUUUCUUUCUUCAAUAUGCACUUUCUUUUCUUUUCCAUUUUCUCCUUGUUUUUCUCCAUUCUUUCUUUCUUUAUUUCCUUCUUUUCUUUCUUUCUUUCUCCUCACUCAUCUUUUUUCUUUCUUUCUUUCUUUUUUUUUCUUUCUUUCUUUCUUUCUUUUUUUUUCUUUUCUUCAUUUUUCUUUCUUUCUUCAAUAUUCACUCUCUUUCUUUUCCAUUUUUCCUUGUUUUUCUUUCUUUUGAUUCUUUAUUCCUUCUUUCUUUCUUUUCUUCAAUCCUCAUCAUUUCUUUCCAUUUUCUUUCUUUUUUCUCUUUCUUUCUUUCUUUCAUACCUUCUUUCUUUCUUUCUUCCUCUUCAUUCUUUUUCUUUCUUUCUUUCUUUCUUUCUUUCUCCUUGUUUUUUCUUUUUGAUUUUCUUUUUUCUUUCAUUCUCUUUCUUUCUUUCUUUCUUUCUUUUGAUUUCUUUCUUUCACUUUCUUUUUCUUUCUUUCUUUCUUCAUAUACUUUCUUUCUUUUCAUUCUCUCCUUGUUUUUUCUUUCUUUCUUUUCUUUCUUAUUUCUUUCUUUCUUUCUUUUCCAUUUCUUUGUUGUUUUUCUCCCAUUCUUUCUUUCUUUAUUUUCCUUUUUCUUUUACUUUCUUUCUUUCUUUCUUUUUGAUUUUUACUUCUUUGCAGACUCUUUCUUUCACCAUUAUUCGUUCCUUUUUCUUUUCUCCUUUCUUUCUCAUCCUUUUUUCACGGUUCCUUCUUUCUUUAGAUUUUCUUUUUUUUUUUUCUUUCUUUCUUUCUUUUCUUUUCUUUCUCACCCUUUUUAUUUAUUGUUCUUUCUUUUCUUUUGCUUUCUUUCUUUUUCUUUCUUUUCUCAUUUCUUUAUUUGUUCUUUCUUUCAUUUUCUUUCUUUUUCUGUCUUUCUUUCUUUCUUUUCUUUCUUUUUUUCUUUCUUUUUUUCAGAAUUGUUCUUUCUUUCUUUCUUUCUUUCUUUCUCAUCAUUCUUUCUUUUUUCUUUCUUUCUUUUCUUUCUUUUUUCUUUCUUUCUUUCUCACCCAUUCUUUCUUUCUUUCUUUCCCUUUCUUUUUUUCUUUCUCAUCAUUUUGUUCUUUCUUUCUUUCUUUCUUUCUUUCUUUCUUUUUUUCUUUCUCACCCAGAAUUGUUCUUUCUUUCUUUCUUUCUUUCUUUCUUUCUUUCUUUCUUUCUUUCUUCCGUUUGAUGAUUCUGUCUUUCUCAUCACCCAUUAUUUCUUCUUCUUUUUCUUCUCUUUCUUAUUUCUCUUCCUCUUCUUCUUCCUGUUUUACUUUCUGUUUUUCUUCCUCUUCUUCUUCUUCUUUAUCCUCUACUUCUUCCUCUUCUUCUUCUUUAUCCUCUUCCUCUUCUUCGUUUCCUUCCUUUUCCUUUACUUGUUUUUCUGCCUGUUUUUCUCCCUCUUCUUUUUCUUUUUUAUCGUCUUCUUCAUCUUCGAUUUCUCCUUCUUUAUACUUUUCUUCGUCUUCUUCUUCUUCUUCUUUGUCCUCCUCCUCUUCUUCUUCUUGUUUUUCUGCUUGUUUUUCUUCCUCUUUUCUUUCUUUUUAUCUUCGUCUUCUUCCUCCUCUUUUCUUCUUCCACUUUUUCUUCUUCUUCUUCUUCUUCUUCUUCUUCUUCUCCCAGUUUUUCUUUCUGUUUUUCUUCCUCUUCUUCUUCCUCUUUUUCUUCUUUAUCCACUUCUUCUUCUUCCUCUUCUUCUUUAUCCCCCUCUUCUUCUUUGUUUCUAUCUUCUUCCUCCUCUUGUUUUUCUGCCUGUUUUUCUCCCUCUUCUUUUUCUUCUUUAUCCUCUUCUUCAUCUUCGCCUUCUUCUUCUUUAUGCUUUUCUUCUUCUUCUUCUUCGUCUUCUUCUUCUUGGUCUUCUUCUUCUUCCUCUUCUUCUUUAUCCUCUUCCUCCUCCUCCUCCUCUUCUUCUUGUUUUUCUGUAUAUUUUUCUUCCUCUUCUUUUUCUUUUUUAUCCUCUUUUUCAUCUUCGUCUUCUUCCUCCUCCUCCUCCUCCUCUUCUUCUUCUUCUUCCUUCUCCUCCUCUUCUUUAUCCUCUUCUUUUUCCUCUUCGUUUUCUUCCUCUCCAUUUCUUCCUCUCUUCUUCUUCCUUAUCCUCUUCUUCCGCCUCUCCUCCUCCUCCUCCUCCUUUAUUUUGCUUUUCUUGCCGCCAUCUGGCAUGCCACACACAGUACCGCUACUUUAACAACAACAGUUCACUUCCUCGUCACCUUCUGCUAA